UGAUGGCAUGAAGUAAGAAGGCAUAUUUUAUGCCACAGUACUGGAAGCGAAAUGACUUGCAUAUGAAUAAAUUGAUCAGAAAAACUUGCAUAUGAAUAAAUUCAUCAUUCUGAUAUUUUAAUAGUUUUACCCCAUAUCUUCAAGUUUUAUGCAAGGCUUGAUGACCUUGUCUGAAUAUUGUACUAGAAUAUGAAUGUUCUACACUGAACUGGUAAUUUAAUUGAAUAAUGGGAGCGGGGAGAAAUAUGAGUUCAUUAACAUAUUACUGAAUUAAGUUUCAUUCAUAUUUCUAAUAUUGUGCUAUUAUCACUGUAAAUUAGUAAAUCCAUGAGGGCAUGCCUCCUUUGUUUUGUUCGGUAAUGAAUGAGUGACUCAAUGGAGGGAGGCAACCAGCAAUCCCUUUGUUGGCUUGGUUAUUUCAUAUGUUAUGAGAUGUCAUUUUGCUUCUUACAGUAUAAGUAUCUGCUUCACUAUGUCUAUUGCCAGUCUGCAGUGUAGUUCAAUAGUGGAAAGCAUCCAUUGUUUAGGUCACUCUUCAAGGAUAGCAUUGGAAACUCUCUGCAACGACUGUACUCUUCUAAAGUUCUCAAGGUGCAUUAAUUAUAUAAUGAUGGAAUGUCUUCAAGUGGAUGGUGUUGCACAAGGCUGUGCUCAUGUUGCAGUGUCGAGUCAAAAUCUUAGCGAGGAGCUUCAAUCAAGGUGUCACACACUUUUGUGGGGAGUACUCGUAGUACUCUUCCUUGGGAGAUCGGUCAGAGAGGCCCAUGAUUUUUCAGAGGAGUUGGGUUGCUGCUACACUCAUGGAGAAUACCAAAAUACUGAUCUGUUUCCAACUGUAAUGGGUGUGGAACUGUUGAAGGAGUCUCUGCAGUCCAAAUCGGUCCUCACAAAUGUCUUCCUUGGGAAGAAAGCUGGGAUUGGCAUUGAUAUCUUGGAGCCACUACGUAAAGAUGCAAAGCGUUUGAUAGGCAGGAGAUAUAGUGAUGCCUCAGUUCAAAAUGAUAUUAAACUCUGGCCAUUCAAGGUUAUUGAAGGUCCUGCUGAGAAGCCCAUGAUUGUAGUUACCCACAAGGGCGAAGAGAAACAAUUUUCUGCUGAACAAAUCUCAUCUAUGGUUCUUGAAAAGAUGCGGGAAAUUGCUGAGGCCUAUCUUGGUUCACCUGUGAAAAAUGCAGUUAUCACCGUCCCUGCCUACUUCAAUAAUUCACAGCGUCAGGCUACAAAUGAUGCCGCAGUCACUGCUGGCCUAAACGUGAUGCGUAUCAUCAACGAACCAACUGCAGCAGCCAUUGCUUAUGGACUUGACAGAAAGGGCGGCUGGUAUAGCAAGAGAAAUGUUAUGAUAUUUGAUUUCGGCGGUGGUACACUAGAUGUGUCAUUGCUUACAAUAGGUGAUGGUAUAUUCGAAGUGAAGGCUACAGCUGGAGACACUCACCUUGGAGGUGAAGAUCUUGAUAACAGAAUGGUGAGCUAUUGUGUUGAGGAAUUCAAGAAAAAGCACAAUCUAGACAUCACUGGAAACUUUAGAGCUCUUAGGAGGUUAAGAAAUGCAUGUGAGAAGGCAAAGAGGAGACUUUCAUUUGCUUCCAUAGUUGACAUUGAAAUUGAUUGUUUGGAUUUCUAUACAAGUAUCACUAGAGCCAAGUUUGAACAACUCAACAAAGACUUGUUCAACAAGUGCAUGGACCCUGUGAGAAAGUGUUUAAGCGAUGCUACAAUGAAGAUAAGCAAUGUCCAUGAUGUUGUUCUUGCGGGUGGCUCUUCUAGAAUUCCUAAAGUGCAAGAACUAUUAAAAGAUGUCUUCAAAGGGAAGGAGCUGUGCAAGGGAGUUAAUCCAGAUGAGGCAAUCGCCUAUGGAGCUGCAGUUCAAGCUGCAGUUUUGAAAGGCCAUCAAGAUCGGAAACUUCAAGACUUCGCUCUCUUGGAUGUCACCCCUCUGUCACUCGGGUUGGAGAGUCGCACACUUGAUACGCUUGAGAAAUACAUGAAUGUUUUGAUUCCAAAGAACACUAGAAUACCUGUGAUGAAGAGCAAAAUUAUAACUACUAUAUAUGACAACCAAGAGUCGGUCGUAUUCCCCAUAUAUGAGGGUGAGUGUAGAAUAGUCAAAGAAAAUUACUUUGUGGGCGAAGUUAGCCUCUGCAACAUUCCUCUGGCUCCCAAGAAUGUUCCUAAGUUCAAUCUUUGCUUUAAUAUUGAUGCAAGUGGUAUCCUGCGUGUCUCAGCAGAGGACAUGACUACUGGGCAGAGGAAAGAGAUUACGAUCAACAGUGACAGAAGAAAUUUGGGAAUUGAGAACGAGAGAAUUGCUGACAUCGACUAGUCGUUUUUUCCCAUUAAGUUUCUUUGCUGUACUGCAUUGUGCAUAUGUUGGGUCCUUAGCUCAUGCACUUACCUUGUUUUUGUUCGUGUUUUGCUGCCAUAACUAUGAUAGAAGUCUUGUUUUUGAGUUACAAGGGCCAUAUUUUGCUGGACGUAGCUCUCGUGUUGGACUGAUAAUUGGUGCUAAAAUUAAUUAUACAUGUUGCAUAAGCUGGUGGGAACUGUCUUUAGCAAAAGCCUGAAUUUAUUGCAGAUGUAAUUGCAGAAAUUUGUGAAGUAUAUCUGAAUCUGAUCCGUCAGGCGUCACUACUAUAUAACAGUUACAAAGGUAAAUCCUAUUUCGACUGAAAACUGUAAUUACGAAGUUUUUCCGGUCACUGUUGUUGAAGUCAACAUCAUGCGUGCCUCUUCAAAUUAGGGUUUAGUCUUAGAGUUGUAAGAGCAACUCCAACAGAUUCCCUAUAUUU